UUUCCUCGCCUCGCCUCUCUCUCUUCCUUCUGACCAACCCGACCUCGGCGCCUCCCCCCAUUUCUCUCUCUCUCUCUUCGCGUUGCCGUCUCGACCCCGCCUCCACCGCCGAAGCCGCCCGAGGCGGCGGCCGCCGGCAGCUGGGCUCCUCCGAAUCCGAACACGGCGGGGGCUCUCCCCUCGCUCCCCACGGCGGUUGGCACCUGCUGGCUCUCGAUCCAACGUGUACAGCUAAUUUGAUCUGUUGGCGCCUUAGCUAGAAGUAAGGAUACGGCUGUAUUAGUUGGGAUAUUGGUUUUGUCAUUGCUGGAUGCACAGCCUUUUACGGUGCGUUUGCUUUGAUGUAGAGGUGGCGACUCUGGCAUCUCAGUGAUCAUAGGGCAUUUGAAGGUGGCCUGCAUCCCUGUUACAAGUAAGGGACAACAAAGCAAUUUGUUGUCUCUUUAUUUGGAGCUGGGAAGAACCCGGCAUGGCAGAUGCUAGUUCGAGGACUGACACAUCAACAGUCCUGGAUACCGACGAUAAGAAUCAGAUGGUAGACGGGCAAAGUGGAGCUAUUGUGCCUUCUAAUUCAUCUGAUCGGUCUGACAGAUCUGACAAGCCCAUGGACCAAAAGGUGUUACGCCGGCUUGCUCAAAAUCGUGAGGCUGCAAGAAAAAGUCGGCUGAGAAAAAAGGCAUAUGUACAACAAUUAGAGAGCAGUAAGCUGAAACUUGCAAGCUUGGAGCAAGAGAUCAAUAAAGCUCGCCAACAAGGAAUUUACAUUUCGAGCUCAGGAGACCAAACUCAUGCUAUGAGUGGAAAUGGAGCUAUGACUUUUGAUUUAGAAUAUGCCCGUUGGUUGGAGGAACAAAACAAGCAGAUAAAUGAGCUGAGGACUGCAGUAAAUGCUCAUGCAAGUGACAGCGACCUCCGUCUCAUUGUAGAUGGGAUAAUGGCGCAUUACGAUGAGAUAUUCAGGCUGAAGGGUGUUGCCGCAAAGGCUGAUGUGUUUCAUAUACUUUCAGGCAUGUGGAAAACACCUGCUGAAAGGUGCUUCUUGUGGCUUGGGGGUUUUCGUUCCUCUGAGCUUCUAAAGCUUCUUGUGAAUCAGCUCGAGCCAUUAACUGAGCAGCAGUUGUUGGGACUAUCGAACCUCCAACAGUCCUCUCAGCAGGCUGAAGAUGCUCUAUCACAGGGAAUGGAAGCGUUGCAACAAUCCUUGGCAGAUACGUUGGCCGGGUCCCUUGGUCCAUCAGGAUCUUCAGGGAACGUGGCAAACUACAUGGGUCAAAUGGCUAUGGCCAUGGGCAAACUUGGGACCCUUGAGAAUUUCCUCCGUCAGGCUGACAAUUUGCGGCAGCAGACUUUACAUCAAAUGCAGCGAAUUCUGACAAUCCGACAAGCUGCCCGUGCUCUACUUGCAAUACAUGAUUACUUCUCACGUUUGCGUGCCCUGAGUUCUCUCUGGCUUGCUAGGCCACGGGAGUAACAACACAUAGGGUGCAUCACCGUUAAUGCUUCAUGAACUGAUCUGGGAGGAACGGCGGAGCGGGACUGAUUGCGGAUGCAUUUGCAGAAGAUUGGUGGCUCAGUUCCCUCGGCACAAGUUGUAUUGACACCUUUUGGUUUCAUGUUGUACCUGAUGUUGUACAAGUAGGGUAAAGCUUGUAACUUGUAAGUUAUGGUGAAUUUAUGAUUGGCAGAUUGUACAAUUGUAUUAGCAAUAAAAUAAAAGGUAGAUAAAGGCUGGAAGAAUACCCAGCGAUCUUACAGUGGUCGGAAACGAAAAGCAAAGGGGACAUCUCGCACGGGAUGGUCGAUUGUUCUAACUGAAUAGAUAAGCACUUAAGCAGGGCCUUUCUUUUAUGACAACCGAAAUAUAGGUGAAAUGGAAACUAUGGGUAGAACAUGUUCUGCUGA